AUGGCACCCAUCCGACGCUACCUCCGGAUCAGCAAAUACUCCGUUCUGGAGUGCCGCAUCUACCUGGAUAACCCCUCCGACUCGCGAUGGCUGCUGGAUCCACGCGACCCUGUGCUUGCGCGCGUCUUCGCCGCCAUCCGCCCGCUGGUGCUGCCCAAGCUGCGUGAAGAAAACGAGAGGCUCUUUGCGCGCAAGAAAGGCAAGCCGGUCAAGGAUGUGAUAGCAGAAGAUGAGUUCGAGGUGGCGAUUUUCUUACGCGAGUCCCGGACGCGUCACUCGCUCCUCACACGCAGCAAGACAUUUCAUGAACCAUCGGGCCAGCAUAAAGCUUCCACCGACUUGGCCGGUUCCGCAGAGGCUGGAAUCAUUCUCGAAAGCGACAGUGAGCCUGAAGUGGACCUGCAACAUAUCCCGCAAGCAAUACGAGACGACGAUCGAUCAGACGAGGGGCAGGCACAGACUGAAGACACAGUCGGGGACGAUGAGAAGAAGCUUCGUUUCAGGACCCGUUACGAAAGCUUUAAUAUCUGCGGCUGGGUGCUAUGUCUAUUGGUGACGCGGAAGGAGGACAAGACCCGAGCUCCAACCGGACAGCCGUUGAUGGAGGAGUGGAUCUCAACGCAAGCUCAGGUGUCGGUGGAUGAGAUCUCUUCAGAUCUGCUGAACCCGUUUGGACACCUGAAAGGGGAGAUGACGACAGAUGCUGCAAAAAGAAUCUGCUACCUUUCAGAUUCGCCUGGCAACCUGCAUCGUCCUGACACAUUCUCGGCAAUCCAAUGGAGUCGCCGACUUGCCGCUGUUUCAAACCUGCCACCCCGCGUGAUAAUGGACAAGCUUCUACACAACAGCAGCCACGGCGGCACCAUGCGGGAUCAGGGUGGGCUGACCUCCAGGCGCACAGAAGCAGGCCGCCCUCCCGGUCCGACCGCUGCAGCUGCGCCGUUGGACGCCAUUCUCAUCGGUGUCUCCUGUACGACAGUGACGCAAAUUGACCGGCAUCUCCAGCCGCUCCGCGACGGACCCGAUGGCCUCGCUCGCAGCUGUGAGAAUAUCUGUGUCUCACAUGCAUAA